AUGCCGUCAAAUAAGAUUGAAAGUCCGACAAAUUAUGCGUCUCGUUCACCGAAUUUUGGAAGGGAAACCGAUGAAAGUACAAAGGCAGAAACUGAACGAGAAGAGAAGGCGGAAAUUUGUACAUCGCUCUCUUGCAUUAGAUGUUCAAAAAGCGUUUAUUCUGUUGAGAAACUUUUAACAAAGUGGAGUGUAAUUGAACAGCAAUUUAAAACGGACCAGAACACAAAGAAUAGAAUAACAAAUGGAAUUGUAAAUACUUCAAAAAGGUUGGAAAUGUAUGAGACAAGCCAGCAAGAGCCUACAUUGUUUUAUUUGGCUGGAUUGCCCAGUCAAAUAUGGUAUAAUAGUCACAUGUAUGCAAACGAAGUCUCGAUUUUAGAAAACCGAAGCACCUUGGAUGUUUUUAAAAGAGAGUUUAUGAAUGUCUACCAGGAUUUAAACAUUGGUUGGGUGGCAAACAAAGUGCCUUUGGGUGGAUGGUAUUUGUUUUAUUUGGUUAACCAAGGUGUGAAAAAUGAACAAAAUUGCUUAAAAUGCCCAAGGAUAGUUGAAACGAUUGAAGGAUUAACAUCAGCCAUGUUGGAUUGUGCUUUUGGGAAUGUUGUUUUUUCUGUGCUAUUACCAGGCACAAGCAUCGCUCGUCACUGUGGACCCACAAACGUUCGUAUCCGUUGUCAUGUGCCAUUGCAAGCCUCUAAGGGAUACUAUAUUUCCGUGGCUGGUGAACAGCAAACUUGGCAAGAAGAGAAAACCUUGGUUUUUGAUGACUCUUUUUAUCAUGAAGUGUAUUGCUAUGGCAACAUAAAUGAACCUAGGGUUGUAUUAAUGAUUGACCUAUGGCAUCCAUCCUUGCUGUUAAGGGAACGAGAAAUGAUUAAAAAGCUUUUUUCACCACAACAGUAA